GUUUUGCUAUGGGACCACUUCCUAACGCUUCAUGACGAGAUUGAGUUGAUCUGGCGUGCUCGGUCGUCUUUUCCCAAGCUGUUGUUCUUAUUUAACCGAUAUGUUGUCCCUACUUCCCUGAUUAUGCUCACGUACGCGACCAGUGGGUUUUCAGAAGACAUUCUUUCAGAUUCGUUCUGCCAAACGUGGUUUGGUGUCGGCAUAGUUGUCGGCAUGGUAUCUAUUGGCACCAGCAACUUUCUCAUCCUCCUUCGUCUAUGGGUCCUUUGGGAUCGCAAAACCCGCCUUGUGCUAGUCACUUUGUCACUUUUUCUGGUAACGCAAAUAACGGCAAUCGUUUGUACGACCUACGUUGUAUCGAGCAUGAUGCCUUUGGUGGUCUUUGAGCCGUACUUGCAUUCCUGCAUAUUGACACAGAAGGUGAACUUUGUGAUCCUGUGGACUCCUGGGAUUGUGUUUGAAUUUAUGAUAUUUGUCACCACUUGGUGGAAUGCCCUGGACCAACCACUCCCACAGCAUGCAAAAAUGGCGAAGGUCAUGUAUCGUGACGGAAGUAUUUACUUCUUCGUUUUAUUCGGAUUGCGUCUUUUAAACCUGAUUCUAUCCAUCGUUUCACCUCUGUCAUUAAUGUUCCUUGGAGUUUUUUUCAUCUGGAGCGCCUGCAAUGUGACGCUGACCCGACUUAUUAUAAACUCGCGGCGGGCCGCUGUCGAGGCUGAAGAGAGUCUCUUCAUCGAUGUUUACACUUAUUCUCCACGCAGCUGGCCUCUCUUACCUAGGCAGGGGAGUUGUGUGUCGGAAAAUUACGAGCUUCAAGGCAAGGGUCCUGAUAUUGAGAUUUGUACCCGCCUUUCUUCCUCUGUUACAUCGGUCGCAACGUAAGAGACUAGGCAGUUGGGUCCUCUUAAACCAGCGGUGUAGGUUUGUAGCAUACAAUCUCACUAUAUAAUUUCUUGCUUAUUACUGUGUCACUACACAACUUGGGAAAAUUUGUACAUUGUUUACUCGUUUGUUACACCAUCUGCAUAUACAUAUAAGCACUACUUGGUCACCGGCAGUGCACACGCUGUAAUUUCAUAAGCGGG